CAUAAAUAACUGAUUAGUCAAAUUAGUUGCGAAGAGUGUUUGUGCAAAAAUGUUAUUAAUUAUUUAAAACAUUUCAUUUCUGUAUUGUGAAAUUUAUUAAUUAAAUCUUUGUAACAUUUCUUAUACUACAUUGUAUGUCAACCUUAAAGAACUCUCCGUUAUCUAAGUUACCUUUGACACAUGAUUAAUGUGUCAGCUGUCAGUCAAUUGUUUGAUGUACUUUGACCAAACAGAGUACAUACAUAAAUAUGAAUUAGGAGACACGUGAUAGAUUAUAAAUAUUAACUUUUAAAUUUGAAAUACUGUAAGCUUUUUGAACUGUUAUAUUUAGUCAAUAUGGGUAACAGAUCCAGCUUACUUUUACGCGAAGAAGAAAUAGCGCAAAUCCAAGAAGCUACUGGAUUUACUCCAAAUCAAAUUGAACGUCUGUACAGUCGUUUUACUAGUCUUGAUCGCGGAGAUUGUGGAACUUUGAGCAGGGAAGAUUUUCUCAGAAUUCCAGAAUUGGCAAUCAAUCCUCUUGGUGAUAGAAUUGUAAAUGCUUUUUUCGAAGAAAGCGGUAAUGAUAGAGUCAAUUUUCUACAAUUUAUGCAAGUGCUGGCUCACUUUAGACCCAUUAAAAAGAAUAGUCCCAAUAGGUUAAAUUCUAGGCAAGAAAAAUUGAAAUUUGCUUUCAAAAUGUACGAUUUAGAUAAUGAUGAUUUGAUAUCCAAAGAUGAACUUUUAGCUAUUUUGCAUAUGAUGGUUGGUGCAAACAUUAGUGAGGAACAGUUAACUAGCAUUGCAGAACGCACCAUAGUAGAGGCAGAUGAGAAUGGUGAUGGAAUGAUAUCGUUUGAAGAAUUCUGCAAAGCUCUGGAACGAACAGAUGUUGAGCAAAAAAUGUCUAUAAGGUUUCUCAGUUAAUAUGUUUGAUUAAUUUCUUUAAUACUGCACAAUUUACUGAUGAGUUGGAUGUACUGAUGGUUGUAUUAAAUGUAACAGUUCAUUUUUUCACAGAUAAUCUCAUUUAUUUUACAUAAAAAGGGAAGUCAAAACAGUUAUCAAUGUAUUGAAAGGUGAAUCAUUAAAUUUUAUUCCUCCUAUAAAUUUUAUGAAAACAUUUAUAAUUUUAAUUAAUAAAAAACUUGUACACUUAUAUAUCAUUUUUAUGUUUAAUAAUGUAUAAAUUUCAUAGAUAUUACAGAUUUUGACAACCUACUCUUUACAAUGUCUAAUUAGUUACACGAUUUGUUACUCAUUUUACAAUCUUCCAAAAAGUGACAAGGUCUACUCUUAUAAUACCAUUGAAAAAUAAGUUAUACUACUGUUGACGCAUUUUAAAAAAUUGGGGUA